UCCUCCUCUCCUCCCCCACUGAGAUUUCCAAACCGUAUCCCUGCGCCCUCCUCAUCUCCCAUCACUCUGGUCCGAGGGGUCCCAGAGGUUUUUACUUCCACCCUUUCUUCUAUCAUCAUCUCUCUCCCUCCUGGACAAGAGGGCUACCACGCCGUACCUGGCCUCCUGUGCAGUCACAUUACUCUGAAGGCACCUACCUGUCCUACCUGCAGUUUUUAACUCGCUUUAUUUCUGGGGAAGCGGCUCAAGAUGCCAGAGCCCACAAAGAAAGAUGAGGUGCCAAAUGGCCAGCCAGAAGAAAGUGUUGCCCCAGACAGUAACGGCCCUGCCCUGCCCCUUCCUGAGAUUUCCCUGGAGGUUUCUCCACCCCCAGAGCCGGUAGCAGAGGGGAAAGAGCCAGUAGAGACUGAUGGGAAGAAACCAGAGCCCACAGAGCCUGAGCCACCACAGCCUGUGGUGGCUCAGGAGCCAAGCCCCACCGAGAAUGGCUCAAACCAACCGCAGCCUAUUGAGGUUGUGGUAAACGAGCAAGCAGAGUCCGGUAGCUCUGCUGUAAAGGAAGAGGGCCCUUGCUCUCCCCCACCAGCUGGUGAUGAUGAUGCCCCAGCCACUGCCCCAUCCCCAACACCCCAAGCAGAGGAAGCCAAUUCACUCAAGAAACUCUCAAUUGAGCUGCCUAAUGAUAGCGUGCCAGCCAUGGGGAGAAAAGACUCAGUGUGGUCUCUGGGAGAGGGCCAGGGCCCAGAGGAGCUGGAAAAGCCCAUUGACACCCCACCACGGUCAACCCUGCUGAUAGAGAGCCCCCAGAGUGCCUCUAUCUUUGUGGGUGGAGACGCCAACUUUGUUGCCAAGGUUGAGGCCAAAGAUCUUCUCCGCAAACCUACUGUCAAGUGGUUUAAAGGAAAGUGGAUGGAUCUGGCCAGCAAGACAGGAAAGCACUUACAGCUAAAAGAGACCUUUGACCGACUGACCAAGAUACAUACAUUUGAGAUGCACAUCAUCAAGGCCAAAGAGAACUAUGCUGGAAACUACAGGUGCGAAGUCACCUACAAGGACAAGUUUGACAGCUGUUCCUUUGACUUGGAAGUUAAAGAAGCUGAACAGGGCACACAGAAUAUUGAUAUUCGAUCAGCUUUCAAAAGAAGCAGUGAAGGACAAGAAGAUGCAGGGGAGCUUGACUUUAGUGGUCUCCUUAAACAUAGAAAUCAAAGGGAGCCACAAAAGCAGGAUGACACUCCAGAGAUCGAUGUGUGGGAGAUCCUCAAAAACGCCCGACCAGAUGAGUACGAGAAGAUCGCCUUUAUGUAUGGCAUCACAGAUCUGAGGGGUCUGCUGCGGAGGAUGAAGAAGAUCCCGAAAGAGGAGAAGAAAAGCGAAGCUUUCGCAAAGAAACUGGAACCGGCAUAUCAGGUGGAUAAAGGUGGAAAGAUCCGCUUGGUGGUUGACCUGGCCGACCCCACAGUUGAGCUCAAGUGGUACAAGAACGGACAGGAAAUCAGACCCUCUCCCAAUCAGAGGAAGUAUAUUUUUGAGCAUAAGGGCACACAAAGGAUUAUGGUCAUCAACAACUGCACCAUGAAUGAUGAUGCAGCUUAUUCUGUAGCUGCGGGGGACGAGAAAUGCGCCACAGAGCUGUUCGUCAAAGAGUUGCCAGUUAAAAUCGUUAAAGGUAUCGAGCCAGUGAAGACCACAGUGAAUGAGAGGAUUGAGCUGGAGUGCGAGGUGUCAGAGGAAGGUGCUCAGGUCAAAUGGAUGAAGAAUGGUGUUGAGGUUCCAACAGGAGUUCGCUCCAGAUACCGAGUUAAGUCUGAAGGAACAAAACACUUCUUGGUGAUCGAUGACGCCUCCAGGGAGGACACUGGGACUUACUCCAUCAUGGCUACUGGUGGCACAUCUGAGGCACAUGUACAGGUUGACUUGAAACCACUGAAGAUAUACCAGGACCUGCAGGAUAUGACGGUGUUGCUGGGUGAACCCCUCAAGAUGCACUGUGAGAUUUACCCCGGCAACGUCCCAGGGCGUUGGUACAGGAAUGGACAGCUGAUCCAGCCCAAUGACCGCAUCAACAUUUUACACAGAAAUAAGAACCAUCGCCUUGAAAUUGCGGCCAGCUCCCUUCAUGAUGCAGGAGAUUACACUUUUGUACCUGAGGGAUAUUCACAGAGUCUCUCUGCCAAAAUUCAUAUCAUUGACCCACCAAGGGUGCAUUUGGAUAGCUUGAACUUCCCAGACAACACAGUGACAAUUGUGGCGGGAAACAAACUUCGCCUGGAGAUCCCCAUCAGUGGAGAACCAGCACCCAGAGUGGUGUGGAUGAAGGGUGAAAGGGUGAUUCUUGAGACAGGCCAUCGCAUCCACGCUGAAACGUACGGCGACCAAACCAGCCUGACUAUUGACGUCACAGAGCGGGAGGACACAGGCAACUACAAGAUAGUCCUGCAGAAUGAGGCUGGUGAAGCUACAGCUAGCGUCAAAAUCAAGGUUGUAGACAUCCCCGACCCUCCAGAGGCUCCCUUGGUCCCAACGGUGGGCGGUGAUUGGUGCACUAUGACAUGGGAAGCACCAAAAUAUGAUGGAGGCUCACCAUUAUUAGGCUACUUCAUCGAGAGAAAAAAGAAACAGAGCUCCAGAUGGAUGAGACUGAACUUUGACCUGAUCAAAGAAACAUCAUUCGAACCCAAGAAGAUGAUUGAAGGAGUGCCAUAUGAAGUGCGCAUCUUCGCAGUCAACGCCAUCGGUGUGUCCAAGCCCAGUGAACCAUCCAAGCCCUUUACUCCCCUCGCUGUGACCAGUGAGCCCACCAUGCUGGUCGUGGACGAUGUCACCGACACCACAGUGACAGUAAAGUGGCGUCCUCCUGAGACUAUCGGAGCUGCCGGACUGGACGGAUACCAAGUGGAGUACUGCAUAGAAGGAACUGAUGAUUGGAUAAUAUCCAACACGGAGCUGACAGAGAAGACCAAGCACACCAUCACUGGGCUGACUCCAGGAACUAAAAUCUUAAUUCGAGUCAAAGCCAUCAACGCUGCCGGAGCCAGCGCUCCACGGACUAUUCAGCACUCCGUCCUGGUCAAAGAGGUUAUCGAACCACCCAAGAUCCGCGUCCCCCGACACUUGAAGCAAACAUACACUCGCAGAGUUGGAGAGGCAGUCAACCUCGUCGUGCCAUUCAUGGGUAAACCCAGGCCGAAGGUCAACUGGCUGAAAGAGGGCAAGCCCAUCGAGCCUUCCCACGUAAGCAUCCGCAACACAGACUGCGACAGCAUCAUUUUCAUCCGUAAAGCAGAACGCAGCCACUCUGGAAAGUAUGAGAUGACCGUGCAGGUUGAAAACCACGUGGACACGGCCAUUCUGGACAUACAAAUUGUAGACCUACCUGGGCCUCCUCAGUGUGUGACGAUUGAAGAUGUUUGGGGAGAAAACGUGGCUCUGGUCUGGACUCCUCCAAAAGAUAUCGGCAACGCUCCAAUUACAGGCUACACUAUUCAAAAAGCAGACAAGAAGACAAUGGAGUGGUACACAUGCAUCGAGCAUUAUCAUCGCAACUGCAUCACCAUCACAGAGCUGGUAGUAGGGAAUGAGUACUUCUUCAGGAUCUUUGCAGAGAACAUGUGUGGCCUAAGUGAAACUGCCACCCAAACCAAGAAAAGCGCCCUCAUUGUCAAAGAAGGCUUGCAGGUGAAAACGCACGAGUUCAACGACCACGACUUCAAGGAGGCGCCAAAGUUCACGCAGCCGCUGAUCAACACUUUUGCCAUCGCCGGCUACAACACUACUCUCAAUUGUAGUGUUCGUGCCAACCCAAGGCCCAAAGUGAUCUGGAUGAAGAAUAAGAUAGUCAUCCUCGACGACCCGCGCUACCGCAUGUUUAGCAACCAGGGAGUAUGUACUCUGGAGAUCAGGAAGCCCAGUCCCUAUGAUGGCGGCAUGUACUCCUGCAAGGCCAUCAACGACCUGGGAGAGGCCCUAGUUGAAUGCAAGCUGGAGGUCAAAGUCCAAACUCAAGAAUUGUGAAUGUAUGUUCUCAUAUAAGGCGGCUUCACCUUCUACGAACUCAUGCAACGCGGAGUGCCCCUACACCUGAUUGACAAGUACAUGAACGAGAAGAUUGUUGAGCAAGAGAAGUAAAAUGGGACAGAGCGCAAUGAGACACUUUAGCUUUGCAGACAUCUGCCGCCACUAGUAAUCCUCUUCUCUCACUUACUGAGGUCAGCAGGCUGAAGAUUGGAUGGAGGGAUGAUAGAGGGAUGGCGAGACAGGUGGAGGAGUGUGGGGGAGGGUGUACUGCUCUGUUGUGUGACAUAAUGUGUGCAGGUUUGGGGCUAGUUACCAUAGGACAAAAAAAAAAAAGCCAGCUCACUUCUUUGUCACCCUCUUGUGUUCGAAAAGACUCUGUUUCAGCUCAGAUGCAUGCCGGCAGUGUUUUGGUACAUGUAGAGUGUAAAACAAAAAUAAAAAAUCUUCAAUAUAUAGCACAUUGGCACACACUUACAGUAUUUACACGUUGAUUCUUGUUGGGAGUGUCUGUUGAAGGCGAUAAUUUAUUUCCAGGGUCUGAAAGAAAGGAAAACAGAAUGUAUAAACAAAGGUUUGGUGUUUGUAUGGUGUGACAGAACUUCUAUAUGGCAAGACAAAUGAAAACAGACCAGAGUAAUGUUGGAUAAAUGAAUGUGUAGGUCCUUCUGAGAUAAUUCACAGUAAUGUUUGUUCAUUUCACUUGUUUUCUGUGUAGGUCAUUUGUGUCUAGUAAGUGAGAAAAUGUAGAGGUUUACACACAGUCCAUAUUCUGCAUGACUCAUUGUGCUUUUUGGAUUCAUUCUGGACUUGAAGCUUGAUUGAUGCUCAGUCAUGUGCGCAUGCCUUUACCUCUGUAAUUAUGACCCGUGGAUUACAUUAAAAAGUCAUUUUGAAAAUUG